UCGGGACCCGGAACCCGGAGCCACAAUGAGGAAGUACUUGACCCGAGUCCGGGAGCGGGAGCGGGACUCGCGCUCCUACACCUGGAGCGGCCGCUCCCGCCGCGCGCACCGCAAACUGCACACCUGCGAAUACCAAGGAAUUUGUAUACGGUACAAAGAAGAAUCUGUUUCACACUCCAUCGAGCUUGGAGAUUUUAUCUUAAUCAAGAGUGAUGAUGAUGAACGCCCUUACGUGGCUAAGCUGCUGAAGUUAUACGAUGGCGGUACGAAAGAUCAGCCCACCAAGUGCGCCGAGGUGCAGUGGUUUGUCCGGUUUGAGGAGAUCCCAAAGUUCAAGCAAAAGCUAUUAGGACGGGAGCCCCAUCCACAGGAGAUCUUUCUAUACGAAGCUCGUGAUUGUGACAACGAGAUCAGUGCAGAAACCAUCCUCAGGACUGUGAAGGUAUUAAUGAUUGCUCCAAAUGAGCAAUUUCUUUCUGUCAAACAAAGCAGCGACACUCUCUUUGCUAAACUCAGCUGGAAUGGCAAGGUGUUUAAUCCACUUCCCUCAUUCUCUGGGAGGAGUUCAGAAGCCCCCCAGCUGAACAGGGACUGUGCUCAUGGAAACCCACAUGCAGGGCAGCUCAAGAGGAGCACAAAGCAGACAUCGGAGGUAGAUGCCAAACUGGUUCCCAAAUCACAGCAUGUUGCACGGGACAUCUUGUGCAGUUUGGCCCCUCUGAGCCCCGUCAGUGGAGGAAGAGUGUUUAACAGCAGAGUCUCCGACCUGAAAUCUCACAGCAGCAUUUCAAAGAAAAAUUCUGCUUCCAAAUAUUCCUGUUCAACAGAGAAGCAAAGACAAACUGCGACCACUCCGGGGAAGAGCUCUUUGGUCAGGAAGAGGCUUCAACUCUCCAGUCCCAGCAAAUCCCGAGGAACCAAGCUGAAAGGACAAGAUGUUUUAUGUGAACUGUUACAUGAUGAUGAAGAUGAUGAUGAAGAUGAAGAGGAGGAUGAAGAGGAGGAGGACUUUGACAACAGAGCCUCUGUGUCAAGAGAACAACAAACUCCAAAACGCAAAGUUACUUUUAACGGUUUAGCUUGUGAUGUUUCACCUUCUAAAAAGUUACGAAAUGGGAUCCCAGGAAAUUUUGCCCUCUUACCUAUUAAGGGGUUAAAUCUCAGAACUGACUGCAAAGUUGACAUUCUCUGUAUAAAUCCGAUUCGUUUGAAUUCGAAAGCUAAUCAGGCAGACUCUCCGACUCGGGCUCGAAGUACCGAAGGACACACUGAUCUUCACAAGAAGCACAGUGAGAUUUCUGGAUCUUUAAGCAGAAGCAAGAGUUCACGGACGUCCAAAUGUGAAAGCCAAGAAACUCCCAAAAGGAAUUCCACAACUCAAACCAGGAUAAAUAAAAAAGAACAGAAAAAUGAAGCCGAGAAUAUAAUUUCUACACCAAGGUCUCAGAGAAGCUCGGCACGCCAGUGUUCAAUGCGCUUGAAGGAGCAGCUAAAAGAUGAUGAACAUGAUGUUGGAGAUGCCAGUGAGGAUGAAUUCCUUCCAGCUGCGGAACAAAGCUCUGAAAGUAGCAGUGAGAACGAGGAGGAAGAGCUUGAGAGUUUGAUGAGAGCAUCUAGAAGGAAGUCCACUCCAAGAACUCCAAGGUCUACCGCAAAGAUGCCUGUGAAUACAUCAGCAAGAAUUUCUUCAUCAAGAACACCCAAGUCGCCAGGAACACCGCAUCACCCCAUCCCAGCCAUUCCCAGCAGGAGGCAGCCAGCCACCAAGCCAGUCAGCGUGUUAGAAGAGGCCAGGGCCAGAUUACACGUGUCAGCAGUGCCAGAGUCUCUGCCCUGUAGAGAACAGGAGUUUCAGGAUGUCUACAACUUUAUAGAGAGCAAAGUCAUUGAUGGCACCGGGGGGUGCAUGUAUAUUUCUGGGGUUCCAGGAACAGGAAAAACAGCCACGGUCCACGAGGUGAUGCGAUGUCUAAGCCACGCAGCAGAACAGGAGGAGCUCCCCAUCUUCCAGUUCAUAGAGAUCAAUGGGAUGAAGCUGACCGAUCCUCACCAGGCCUAUGUACAGAUUCUGAAGUUAUUGACUGGACAGAAAGCGACGGCAGACCAUGCAGCUGCUCUACUGGAGAAGAGAUUUAGUACUCCCGCUGCAAAGCGGGAGACUACAGUGCUUCUGGUGGAUGAGCUCGACCUUUUGUGGACUCGGAAACAGAACGUCAUGUAUAAUCUGUUUGACUGGCCGACUCGAAAACAGGCAAAAUUGGUGGUUCUGGCAAUUGCCAACACAAUGGAUCUUCCUGAGAGGAUCAUGAUAAACAGAGUGGCUAGCAGACUGGGCCUGACAAGAAUGUCCUUUCAGCCUUACACCUACAAACAGUUGCAGCAGAUCAUUGCAUCGCGGCUCAACCGGCUGAAGGCUUUUGAGGAUGAUGUUAUUCAAUUGGUUGCCAGAAAGGUGGCAGCUCUGUCUGGCGAUGCAAGACGUGCCCUGGAUAUCUGCAGGAGAAGUGCUGAAAUCUGUGAAAUCUCCUCAGCUCAGAAAUCUGCAUCCAGCAUGGUCAGGAUGGUCCAUGUGACACAGGCACUCGAUGAAAUGUUUUCCUCCCCAUACAUCACUGCUAUAAGGAAUUCAUCCGUGCAAGAGCAAAUCUUUCUGCAAGCCGUCAUUGCUGAAUUCAAACAGCUAGGUGUAGAGGAAGCCACAUUUCAGCAGGUAUACCAGCAGCACAUGGGACUGUGCAGGAUGGAAGGUCUUCAGCCUCCAGCAAUAUCUGAAGCGAUGUCGGUCUGUAUGAGACUCGGAGCUUGUCGUCUGCUGCUUGUUGAGUCUAGUAAAAACGAUCUUCACUCGCGAGUACGAUUGAAUGUUAGCCAAGAUGACGUGAUGUAUGCAUUAAAACAGGAUUGAUUUACGUUUUUUGGUGGUGGUGGUGGUGGGGGUUAGUCCCCUGGGUGUCUGACACUCGGAAACCCAUCACUGCUUAAGAAUCUCCAAACCAAGCUGAGAUUUCCGUGCAUCCCACCUACACAUGGAAAUCCCAGAGAUAGAUUGUUGGAAUGGAAUGCGUACAUACUCUCUCCCUGGAAGGAUGCAUCCCGCUUACCUAAUUCCGGAGUAUUAGCUCAGGUUGGUUAAAGAGCCGAGGUUUCAUUUACGUUAAAUAAGUGAUGUUCCAUGUGAAAUGUACAGUGCACAAUGUGCUUAAUUAUUAUACAUUGCUGUUUUAAUCCUGCAGUUAUGAAACCCUGUUUUUAACGGGAUUUAAGGUGUUUCUGUUACAUGUUGGGACAACAUGUUUUUAAUGUUUUAAGUUUCUAAUUUUAUAGUUCUAAGUUUAUGUUCAAAUUAUAUUUUAGACAUUUUGGGUAAUAAAGAUCUCAAAUCU